AUGUCCUUCAAUGCAGUUGCGGGCUAUCUCGGCGACCUUGCCCGCGGCAAGCGUGAGGGUGACGGCGAGCCGGCCAAGUCUGACUGGGAAGACUUGCAGGCCGCCGUCUUGGCCGGUGACACAAAGGCCCUGCAGGUGGCCGACGCAGUGAUGGCGCAGGCCAAGAGCCGCACUGACGCCGAGCGCAUGGAGGCGUUGGGACGCCUCCUGCAGGAGGAGUCCGUGGAGGACUGGCGGAGCCUGCAGCUUGGUAUGUGCCUCUGCCUUCUCGGGAUCGCAUUGGCGCUGCUCGUGCAGCCGAGCACGGCCUGGGACUUUGCUCGAGGAGUUCCUGGGCUGAAGGACGGCAUAUUGGCAAAACGGCACCCGUUGCAUGCCGGAGUCGCUCGGCGCGCCGGGGCUGCGCAAGAGGACAACAGUGGCCAGGACCGGCGCGAUCUCGAGGAGGUGGUCGCAGAAGCCGACAGGGUGCUGGAGGACAACGGCACGGUGAAAGAGACCAAAGCCGUCUUGCGAAAAGCGCAGAAGAUAUAUCCAGGGAAGUGGACCCUUUCAGGGAAGAAAGACGAGUUGCAACAAAAACUGCGCGAGUUUGUGGAGGAGGCCAAAGCAACCAAAAAGGGCUUGGAAGAGGAUUCCCACAGGGCACAGGUGACAAGCUGGCACCCUGGGCGUGGCGGAGUUGCUUCGCGCGCCAGCCCGCAGCAGGACAGUGGUGCGGAGGACUGGCUCGCCAAGAGCCGCGAGGAGGUGGAGGGCUUCUGUCGAACUGGGUCGAAGCCGUACUGCUGGAUGCUGGGUUUGAAGCAGACGACAUCACCGAAGUCACCCCCAUUCUGCUGA